AUGUCGUCCGCCGGUGGAGCUUACUCUCCAGGCGUUGGCUCGGGUACGUCUGGCAGCGGUUGUUCAGGCUCAUGCUUCGACACGAAUCAGCUCAAGUAUCAAUAUCUACAAGGCUACUUCAACGCCCACAUGCUCCCACCUCCAUCCUAUCGCUACGUCUACCUCCUAUGGUUCCUCACCAUCGCCGUCUGCCUCGUUCUUGGCUCCUUCCACAUGCUCGGUGUCGGCGACAGAUCCUACAUUGGUGCCAAAUGGAAGCGAUGGGCUACCAAGAACCGUGUCUACAAGCUCGGAAAGCGUGUCGACAUUCACGGCAACCCCAUCGACAAGGACAGCAAAGGCUUCAUUCGCGCCUAUGCGCCACUCAAGCCUCGCAAGAUUGUCACCUUUCCCAGCUUUGGCCGAGUCGUGUUGCUCUUCUUCAUGCUCGCUGUACCUAUCGUCUUGACCUUUGUCGGUGCUGAUUUCAUCGGUCCCAACCUCGGCCUCUUUGACUUUUCUCAAAGCUGGCCAUCGCAAACCACCAACACAGUUGGCAUGUCUCGUCGUGCUUUGCAGCUUUUCCCCAGGCGAGUUUUGUGGGGUCAAGGCUCAUAUCCCUCGGUCACCACCUAUCCUCCUACUCGCACUUUACCUUACCGCACAUGGUGGACAACAGGCGAUCGCACCGGAGACAUCACUAUGGGCCUCGUACCCAUCGUCCUCAUCAUGGCCCUCAAACAAGUUCCAUUUGCUCUUCUUUCAACACGCUUCUUUGGCGGAUAUGGUUUCGACCGCCUCUCUUUUCUUCACAAAUGGGGAGGUAGGAUCAUCUGGCUCUUUGCUACCGCUCACCUCGUGACCUGGUGCAUCCAGCUCAACAAGGACACCCGUAUCGGCGAGCCGGUCUGGUCCUUUGUCUUUAUGUGGACCAAGUUCCGCUGGGGUUGGGUCUCCUAUGCCUUCCUCACUGCCAUGAUAGUCCUCUCAAUAGCUCCAAUCCGCAAUCGCUUCUAUGAAUCCUUCUACAUCGCACACCUCGUCACCGUGGCAGGCUUCAUCAUCACCGCCAUGCUCCACCACCCUCCACUAGCGCAGUGGAUGUACAUUCCUUUGGCCUGGUGGAUCGCAGAGCGUCUCACGAGAGCACUCAAGGUAGCAUGGAUCAACGGUCUUGGAUUUGCAGGCCGUAAGCCGCAGUUUGCAUUGGCGCCAAAGCCUCCCAUGCCUCAUUUUUCACAAUCGGCAACCUCGUCCCACCACCCUGGUCCUCACCGUUUCCAGCAGCGACAUCCACCUCCAUCUCACCAUCAUCCGCGUAACAACUACCACAGCCAUGGCUACAGCAAUCACUACCCACAGAAUCCUUACGCCACACGCCCUCCCACCGCCAACGAUGGCUCAACUCGCGGUACAAGGACUGUUACCAGCUCCUCCUCAUCUCACAAACCUGCGCUUCAAUCACGUCUUAGCUCCGAGUACGAACACACUUUAGUCGGCUCGAUGCCAGACAGCGACAGUCGCAAAGUUUACAGCCCGCCUUUCAACCCAGGUCCAGAUGACCCCUUGAUGACGGCUGGAGCGCAUCCGUUGGAAGUGCCUGAGGAACAAAGUUUGGAUACCAAGGAGAGUACACUUGAAAGGAGAGCUACACGUGUCAGUGCUCGAUAUGACCCCGUCAACGACCUGAUACAGGACUACAUCCCAUCCCAACACACCAAUGUUGAUGUCUAUCCGCCACCGCCGCUUGAGCCAUUGCCGCCUCUUCCAAUCCAGUUUGCCAACCAAAGCAAUGGUGAUGUCAAGUAUUCGCUGCAGGACCCUUCCGAGUCGACACGGUCUCCACCACAUACCGGCCAGCUGCAUCCGCCAUAUCGAUCCGGCAGGCUACAGAGCGAUUCAUCAGCUAUGUCAGCAAGGCCCUCCACCAUGUUCAGCGUCGUUUCGAGUGCUUUUCCACGUCAGCUCAAGCCACGGCCUGCCAUGUCGGCCGAUGUCGCAGCUGUGAUCCGACCUGGCUUUGCUUUCGUUCAGCUUUUGCCUGGCAAGACACUGCGUCUCACACUGCGAACACCCAACAAAAUGUCUUGGAAACCCGGUCAGUGGGUCUAUCUCAACAUUCCCAGCGUACGCUUCUGGGAGUCGCAUCCUUUCACCAUUGCAUCUGCCCAUGACGCCGAUUUCCCAGUCGCGACAGAAUUUGUCGACACCGAUGCAGAGAAGGGACUGACCCACGCACAGAAGGCCAAGGGCGAAGAGCGCACCAUGGUCUUGCUGGUAAGAUGCCGGCACGGCUUCACUCGCCACCUCUGCAACUUUGUGGCCAAGAAGCGACAGAUGCAGAUCCAAGCUGCUGCCGACGCUCAGCAUGGCUCAGGUAUGUAUGGAAUGCCCGGCACCAUGGCGGUGCCGGCUCUCGGUAAAGACACUACCGGUGUGCAUCUCCGUGCCAUCGUUGAUGGCCCGUACGGCUCAGCGGAUCGAACGCACUGGGACAUUCACUCGACGGUGGUCAUCAUCUGCGGUGGCUCAGGCGUCAGCUUCGGCAUGUCUGUGCUCGAGCACCUCUGCGCAUGCAUGGUAGGCGCGAUCAAGUUUGGCAAAAACGGCAAGGGUGGCAAGAACUUUUUGACAAAGCGAGUUCGUUUCGUCUGGAUCAUGCGCGAGUUCUCACAUCUACAGUGGGUCGCUGCUGCGCUCAGAAGAUGCAUCGAGAUGGUGCCGCCCGAGCAUUUGCAGGUAGAUCUGUACGUGACGCAUUUCAACCACCGGUCGGCACUUCCUGGUGGCCCUAGGAAUGGGUUCAGUGGAGGACCAAGUCAAGACUAUGGACCUCACAAGUCAGGAUUCAGCGAAGGUGCCAGCUACGACAGCCGGCCGGGUUGGGAUCAGGGAACAUUCACGAGCUCGGAUGCCACCUACUCGCGCGCUGCCCGUUUCACUGAGGGGCCUGAGCAGGAAGAGUACGACAUCACAGCAUACGAUCUCACCCACUUCGACGGCGAAGAUCAAAGCGCGCCGACAGCUUUGGAAGAGGAGAUGAACAAGCGCAUCCGCUCUGAAGGCAAACUGCGACGUGCAAAGACGCGACGCAACACGGUCAAACGUAAGGGAGGGCGAGGAGGCAAGCCAGUCAACGCCGACUUGGAUCACGAUGAACAGGUGGUCGAAGCCCAGCGAGCCAUGUAUGAAGAGCGUCACGGCCUCAGACCACAGCAGCCCUACGACCCGGAGCGUCGUCCUUCCGACGGACCUCCAUUUGCCAGUACAGUCGCAACCCCACGCGGUCCAGAAGCUCUCGGUCCUUCGCGUGCGCGCUACGCUGCCGAGCAUGAUCUUGGCGAUGCUAGGGGCAGACUGCACGGCGGCGAUGGAUUCGAGGAAGCGGCCUGGACGGCAGAGCACAGAGCUCGACCCGAUCGCCCGGCAAUGGCAGGCGACAGAGAUCGAAACCCGUACUCUCCACCACAUUCAGCAAGCCAGCUGUUGCCCUAUGGCAACACCGAGUCAAGUCUCGGACCUCUGGCUGCGUACGUAUCGCCCAGCCCGUCGCGCCCUGGAUCGUCACACAACGAACUCGCUCCACUUCCGCCCUUUGGCGCCGCGUCUGGAGCUACCACGCCUCACCUGACACCAUCCCCUCUGGCGACUCCGUAUGGCGGCGGCGAGUACGACCGUGGCAGCGUUCGGUACAGCUCCUCUCGCUCCAACUUGCUGCACCCUGACGAUCCUGAAGCUAUGCGUCGCCCCAUGACACCGCGAAGUGGUGGCGCUGGCUCAUCCACUCUCAACCUUAUGAACACGGCCGUGCCAUCCGCUUCUUCGCCAAAGUCACCGCUCGAGGAUGCACCCAUCGACCUGGACGCAGAGGAGGACCUCGAUCUGCGUGUCCUAGCCGAACUCGCCCAGCCGGGCCACCCUAAGCUUGACCGCAUCAUUCGACAGGAAGUCGAGUCGAGCCAAGGUCGAACGCUUGUGGCUGGCUGUGGUCCCAAAUCGCUCGACAUCGUGCUCAGGAGCAUUGUCAGCAAGCAGAUCGAUCCCAAGAAGGUACGCAGUGGUGAUACCAGAGGCGUUGUCAAUGUCGUCAGCGAGUGUUUCGAAUGGGGUGGAUAG